AUGCAAACACAUCCACCAGAAGACGUCACCGUAACCGUACCCCACCACCAACUUACAAAUGCUGUUGGACAUAGCUUAGCUAAUGUAAAUGAUGUGUGUGGAGAUUCGGGUAAUAACACAAAUGAUGCAAGUGGAAAUUUAAGUAAUGUGACAUACUCAUCUUCAUCUGAGUUAAUAAAUAUUACCUCAGCCCUUAAUUUAUCUGCAUCACAAAAUGACAGCGAUUUAAGUAUGCCUGAUAUAGGAGGGCCACUGGAAUCUAUAAAUGAGGAAAGUUAA